AUGAAUCAAUUUAUCGUUCAAAAGUAUCGUGUAGCGGUAGCACUUGCUGUCCUUAAAACGAAACCACCUAGUAUAUCAAUUGAGGAACAUUUGAAUGACUUAAAAACAAUUAACGAACAAAUUGACGAUGACAUCACGAUAUGCGAUGACGAUUUCGGUUUUGAUGAAGACGACUCGGACGUAGGAGACGAGUUUAAGGAAAACGACAGCAAUGAUAGUGUGACCAUAUUGAAAAAUUUCGACUUUAAUAACUCGGGAGAUGUAUCGAAGGCUCCCAAUGUUUCGUUGAUGAACGUUAUGCAAGAAUUGAACACUAUAGAAGAUCUAGGUAAUAAGAAAACCGUCCAAAAUGAUUCACAAUCAACAUACUUCGAAGGAUCCCAAAAAACUGAUCUAGAUUUAAUUAACAAUAUAUUAAAUGAAAUAGAUAAUGAAAUAAUAUCUGAACAAUUAACGAUUAAAAAUCUAAAAACUAAUCAACAAAUUGACAAAUUGGCUUUAAUAGAUGAUAAUGAGAUAAAUUCACAACAAACAGAAGUAUAUACGUUGCGUGAUUAUUCAGAAUUUAACACACACAUAAGUCAGAGUCAAGAUAAUUUCGUUAUAUCUAAAAAUUUAUACUUAAAAAAUGCAAAAUCAGAUGAUUUCAGACUAAAUAAUGAUAUAGAAUAUCCUGGACAAAAUAUAAAUACAAACGAAAAUUUAACAAACAAAGCGCUCAAUGUAGACACUGACAUUGUUAUAAAUGAUAAAACAAUCACAAACGAUGCAAUUGAUAAAAAGAACAAAUUAAAAAAUAGUCAAAUAGUUAAAAGCGAUCCAUUUGAUCAACUUUCAACACAAUUUUCAUCUCAAAGUACACAUUCGAAAUUUGAUACGUCACUUAAUUUAGGUGUUCUAAAUACGAAUUCAACUUCCUCUCCUAACAUUCCCCUAAAUACAGAUGAUAUAUCAAAUAUCAAUGAUGUAAUCAAUUCAACUAAUCAAGAAACUCAUAUGGAUUUCGAUAAGGAAAUUGAAGUAAUCAAAACAAAUGAAGUACGUAAAGCGAAUUCGUUUUCAUUGGAUGAAUUCGAAUUUAACACACAAAGUCAGGGUUUCAGCUUAAAUAAUUCAAAAAUUAAAAAACUUGAUAAGGAACUAGAUAAUUUAACACAGAAUAAUAAAAUCAUUUCCGAACAUAGAAAAGAUAAUCUAAAUUUGAAAGUUGAUUUAGACAAAGAUCGAUUGAAAGAUUUGUCAUUUGAUAUUUCGAAUGUGAGUUCGGAAGAAAUCUCCGAUUUAACGGAAUCUCAAGCUGAAAUAAUAACUUUUAAAGUUUUAGAAGAAUUAAGUAAAGUUAAGAAUUACUUGAAUAGAAAAUUGAUUAAAUCCGAUUCGGGAUACAGAAGUUUUCAACCGAGAUAUUCAGGUGGUAGUGGUGAGAUGAUAGAAUAUUUAUCCUGUCCAUAA